GUUAAAUCGUGUAAACAAACUAUAAUAUUCAUUAUAUUACAUAUUUAGCUUUCAUGAAGUUGACUCUUAACAUAGACAGUGAUGGCUUUUAAAGGUCUCAUCUUCUUGUCUCUAUUAUUCUCGCUAACAUUAAGCUGGUCAAGAGGAAACGUGUUUAGUCCGAAACUGGUUUUAAACAGCUGUAACAGGAAUACAAUAACAUUUACAAUAAAUAAUGCUACCGAUGGUGGAAUAGUGUACAUUCUAGGUUCAGGACCCGGAUGUAACCGUUCGACAUUCUCGGGAUAUAAUACGUAUUCAUUCGAUUUCUCGUCCUGCAAUGUUAUAUGGGGAAGGGCGUUUAGGAUUGUUAUCCAGAGGAAAUCUUUGUACCAGACAGGAGACGAUAAAAUUAUACCGAUUAACUGUAUAGCUGAUUUAAGUGACAUUAAUGUACAGGCUGGCUUAAAUAUUGUACCUGGACAAGAUGACACUCUUCAAACAGUGACAACUAAACCUGCAGCAUACAUGACACUUUUAAGUAACGGAAAUGAUGUACGAGGCAAAAUGGUCCAACUUACAGAUUCAAUAACUCUCAAUAUAGAGCUGUUUGACCAGUAUAAAGGUGACUUCGACAUAAAAGCAAGCACAUGUACGGCAUCUACUAUUACCAUUAUCGAUAGAGGCUGUUCAGUAGACACAGACCUGUUUCCUUCUUUCUCAAAAACAAGAGUAGGCUUCAUAACAAGCACAUUCAGAGCUUUCGUACCAACAGAACAAACCGGAAGUAUACUUUCCUUACAGUUCUCCUGUACCUUAGACAUCUGUUUAAAGUCAUGUAUAACGACACAUUGUCCGAACAGAACUGGCGGUUACGGACGAAGGAGAAGAUAUGGUAAGCAAGCCAACGUAACAUAUGACCAGCUACAUGUAAGCUCAGCACUCAUGGUAUCGGUUGACGAUGGUGUGAAAAUGGAAGGCAACGACACAGAAUCAAGAAUAUGUAUGGAAAGAUCUGUUUUUAUUGUGUGUUUGGUAAUUAUGCUUGUUUUGCUUCUCCUGACUAUCUACUUUGCUGUUAUGGCCUGUCGUUGGAGACACAAGGCCAUUGAGAGAAAAGAACAAAAAUCGAUUUCCGGUGAAAGAUUAUAUUACGAAGAAUCUAGUGCUGUAAACAAUCUGUCAACGGACUCUUUUCUUUGGAACAACAACAGCAGCGAACAUUUAGAACAGUACGACUUUGAUGUGGAAGAGAGUUCCGAAUGCGCAACUUCUACUUCUACUUCUACUUCCAUAGAAUCAGUUCAUUUUGUUCCGAAAGGAAUAAAACAUGUUCAGUUUGUUUAG